CUCCCGGGCAGCGGCGGGGCCGGAGCGGCGCCGAGGAGGGGACAAGACCAGGGCAGGAGGGACCCGGCCGGCGCAGCAAGAUGCUCUCCUGGCGGCUGCACACGGGCCCCGAGAAGGCCGAGCUGCAGGAGCUCAACGCGCGGCUCUACGACUACGUGUGCCGGGUGCGGGAGCUGGAGCGCGAAAACCUGCUCCUGGAGGAGGAGCUGCGCGGCCGGCGCGGGCAGGAGGCCCUGUGGGCCGAGGGGCAGGCCCGCUUCGCCGAGGAGGCGCGCGGCUUGCGGCAGCAGCUGGACGAGCUGAGUUGGGCCACGGCGCUGGCCGAGGGCGAGCGCGACGCGCUGCGGCGCGAGCUGUGGGAGCUGCGGCGGCUGGGCGACGAGGAGCGCGCGGCCCGCGGCCGCCUGGACGCCGAGCUGGGCGCGCAGCGGCGCGAGCUGCAGGAGGCGCUGGGCGCGCGCGCCGCCCUCGAGGAGCUGCUGGGCCGCCUGCAGGCCGAGCGCCGCGGCCUCGAAGCGGCCCGCGAGCAGGACGUGCGGGAGCUGCGCGCGCGCGCCGCCCGCCUGGCCCUGAGCUACCGCGCCCGCGCCCCCGGCCCCGGCCCCGGCCCCGGCCCCGCCGCGCCCCCGCCGCGCCUGCGGGAGGUGCGCGACGGCUACGCGCUGCUGGUGGCCGAGGCGUGGCGGGAGACGGCGCGGCUGUACGAGGACGAGGUGCGCGGGCUGGAGGAGGCGCUGCGGCGCGGCCAGGAGAGCCGGCGCGAGGCCGAGGAGGAGACGCGGCUGUGCGCGCAGGAGGCCGAGGCGCUGAGGCGCGAGGCGCUGGAGCUGGAGCGGCUGCGCGCGCUGCUGGAGCAGGAGCUGCUGCGGGUGCGGGGGGAGUACGAGCUGCAGGCGGAGGAGCGGCAGAGCGUGAUCGCCUGCCUGGAGGAUGAGAAGGCGGCCCUCACCUUGGCCAUGGCUGAUCGGCUGCGGGAGUAUCAGGAGCUUGUGCAGGUGAAGAAUGGCCUCAGCCUGGAGGUGGCCACAUAUCGAGCCUUACUGGAAGGAGAGAGUGAUCCAGAGAUAUUGAUCUUGACUGAAUGCAUUGAAAACAUGCCACAAGAGCUCAGGAGCACGCCCUAUGGAUACACCAACACGAUGUUACAGAAGGAAAAUGAAAGGAAUCUGUUUGCAAGGCAGAAAGCCCUGGCGGCCAGCUUUAGCCACAGCCCAGUGCGGCGCUCUCACCUGGUGCCACAGUCCACCGUGGGAAGUGCUGCCGGAAGAGGCUUCCUAGGCUCAGAAUAUUCUUCCCGUACCACCAGCCGGCAGGAAACAACUUACGAAAAAGCUACCAACUCUCAUGAGAAAACUGCCAAGGGUCACACCAGCUUCAGAACUUUCUCUCCCACGCAUGGUCUUUUAAGAGAUACAGAAGCUCCCGUGAAAACAUUCCUCGAUAGGCCCAGGACUGCAGGUACGAAAGAUGCCUCCACUCCUGAAGCCAAAGAGCCUGCCAUAGCCCCAAAGUCCUCCCGAGAAUGCCGGGAUGACGUGUCAGCAGGUGCUUCCAGAAGCACCUGGUCAAGCGAGAGGACCGUCAUUGUGGGACAGAAGACAGAAGCUAACGCCACGAGGGAGCAAGACAGAAACAGGCCAGGAGCUGUCCAGAUGAAGCGAGAAGAGAAAAUGUUCGAUUCCAAGGAGAGGGCUUCAGAGGAGAGAAACCUACGGUGGGAAGAGCUGACAAAGUUAGAUAAAGAAGCAAGAACGAGAGAGAGCCAGCAACUGAGAGAUAAGGAGAGAGGGAAGGAGCCAGUGAAGGAAAAGAGUGCAAGAGAAAGAGAGGUGCCGAUCAGUCUAGAAGUCUCCCGGGAUAGCUCACCACAGGCAGCCCGGAGAACUUUGCAGACGCUGCUGCAGGAGGACGCAUGUGACGGUGUGGGGACCCGGGAGGCCGGCUCCAGGCUGGGCCCCGGUGUCCCCACCAGCUCCCUGAAAGGCGAGUCCACCACUGAAACCGUGGCUGAAAACAUUGUGUCCAGUAUCCUGAAGCAGUUUACCCAGUCUCCAGAUACAGAGGCAUCUGCCACUUCUUUUCCAGACACGAAGGUCACGUACAUGGACAGGAAAGAGCUCCCCGGGGACAGGAAAACUAAGACCGAGAUCGUCGUGGAGUCGAGGCUGACGGAGGAGGUGGACGUUUCAGACGAAGCUGGCCUGGACUACCUUCUGAGCAAGAAUGUGAAGGAGGUGGACGUGAAAGGGAAGUCGGCCGAGCGGAUGCUAGGAGACAUAAUCAACCUGGGGCUGAAGGGAAGAGAGGGGAGGGCCAAGGUGGUCAACGUGGAGAUCAUUGAGGAACCCAUGAGCUAUGUCAGUGCUGAGAAGGCAGAGUUUUCUACCCCAUUCGAAGUGGAGGAGGUGGACGACGUGUCUCCCGCCUCCAAGGGGCUCGUUGAGGAAGAAGAGAGUUAUGGAGAAGUGGAUGUCAUGGUCUCUGGUCGUCAGCAUAAGAAGACCAAGCGGCCCCAUGAGAACGAAACCCGAGUUGAAGAAGUCAUGGAGGCCAGUGACUCGGAGGGAGGAGAACAGAGUUAUUUUGUGUCAACACCAGAUGAGCACCCUGGGGCACAGGACAGGGAUGAGGGCUCCGUGUAUGGGCAGAUCCACAUCGAAGAGGAAUCCACCAUCAGGUACUCUUGGCAAGACGAGAUUGUGCCAGGGACUCGGAGAAGGAUCCAGAAGGAUGCUGUGUCGGGGGAGGCAGUUGUGAAGCCAGCGGAUGUCUUUGAACCCCCUCAUGGGGAGGACGUGGGCUUUAUUCACUGGACGGAACAGGUUAGAAGUGGUGAAUUUCAUGCCGAACCCACCAUCAUUGAGAAGGAGAUCCAGAUACCACCUGAGUUCCACACGUCCAUCCAGGGGGCCACCAAGGAACCCAGACGCCAGCUGGUAGAGGUGAUCGGGCAGCUGGAAGAAAGCCUUCCGGAGCGCAUGAAGGAGGAGCUGUCUGCCCUCACCAGAGACAGUCAGGGCAGCCCGGAGAACGUCUCCAUCGAUGUAAAGAAAGUCCACACCGCUGGUGGUAGGUCCGUGACCUUGGUUGCGCAAGUCAACCUCUCGAAAACCGUGGACGCCAAUCAGCUAGACCUGGAGGAGCUGAGCAGAGAUGAAGCUGGGGAAAUUGAGAAGGCUGUGGAGUCAGUGGUACGGGACAGCUUGGCCAGGCCGCCUGGAAGCCCGGACAGGGAGAGUGCGGCCGAGGUUCCUGCCGCCGGCCUUGGCUUCAAGCGCUGGGCCACCCAGGAACUGUACCGUCCCUACGGGGAGGAGGACCGGGCCGGCCUGGCCUCUCCCAGCACCGAGGCCGCCGCGCCCCAGGGCCCCGUGUCAGCCACCGUGGAGGUCACCAGCCCGAGGGGCUUUGGCCAGUCACACGUGCUAGAGGAUGUCAGCCGCUCUGUCAGGCGAGUCAUGGUAGGCCCCGCCGGAGUCUGGAGGACGGAGCAAGUCUCUCGAGAAGGACCCACUGCGCAGGUUGUGGAGGUGGAUGUGAGCGACACAGAGGCGACUCCCCGCUGGACGCAAGAGACCUCAGUCUUCUUCCCAGGGGGGACAGAAGCAGCAGUGCAGGGCGCCCCUGACCCCGGUGCCUGGAGGGACGUGGGUGGGGCAAGCGCCUGGGUGGCCAGCGUGAGUUUCCAGGGCUCUGCCGGGGACGCACGCCAGGUCCCCGGAGACCAGGCCAAGGAGCAGGCUGAGUUUGACAAGACGGUGCAGCUCCAGAGGAUGGUAGACCAAAGGUCGGUGAUUUCGGAUGAAAAGAAAGUCGCCCUCCUCUAUCUAGACAACCAGGAGGAGGAGAGUGAGGGACACUGGUUUUGAGACGUAUGUUGUUUUCCCGAGGUUACUUACCUGGUAACGGGGCAGCACACAAAGGCCUUUACUAAUUUGAAGGAGCAGGGCUCACUCAUGUAUUAAGGCUCCUUCUGUUUCUCCAAAGGGCGCUCUGGGCUCUGUCAAUUUACUUAAUAAUCUGCAAAGUUUGCAAAUCAACUCACGCCAUUGAAGGCGUUGGGAGUUUCAUUUUUGAGGCGGAACUUGGAACAAAAUUAGUUUUUAUCGCUUCAGUCUUAAAAGUUCCUUCUCCUGGACCAGAGUCUCUCCACUCCUAGAGACAAUUUCUACCAGUUUUGCUCCUGGUCACAGAAAUGCCUCGCAUCUGUCUGAAAUCACAAUUAACUAUCUGUAGGUAAGAGGUCUUUAUGGUAACAAGAUCAAAAUAUAUUUACGAGUCCAUCUUACUUGCAUGUGCGAAUACGAAAUAACAAAUAACCUUUAAAAGGAAAAAUGCAUACAUUUUUUCUCUUCUAAGUCUUCUCAAAAAGAAAUCCUCGGAAGGAAGCAGAUUGCUUCUUCUAUUAUAAAAAUAAAUUCUAAAUGAUUUUUA